CCUCAGGUGCUUAGCGAGAUGCUCCCCCACCCCUCACAGUACCUCCCCAUCCUCCUCCUUUGCCUCCUCCCCAGUGUCCCAAUGGAACCCCGUCCCCCACCCUCACCACUGCCCCCGUUUCCAGCCCCUGAGUGGGACCUCCUGUCCCCCCGAGUAGCACUGUCCAGAGGCGCCCCCGAGGGCCCCCCUCUGCUCUUCCUGCUGGAGGCCGGGGCCUUUGGGGAGCCACCGGGGAGCCCGGCUAACCGCAGUCGUCGAGGAGUGAGCGAGACAGCACCAGCCAGUCGCCGGGGAGAGCUGGCUGUGUGUGAUGCAGUCAGCAGUUGGGUGACAGACCGCCGGACAGCUGUGGACCUGCGUGGGCGCGAGGUGGAGGUGUUGGGCGAGGUGCCUGCGGCUGGCGGCAGCCCCCUUCGCCAGUACUUCUUUGAGACCCGCUGCAAGGCUGACAACACUGGGGAAGGUGGCCCCGGUGCAGGUGGAGGGGGCUGCCGGGGUGUGGAUCGGAGGCACUGGGUGUCCGAGUGUAAGGCCAAGCAGUCCUAUGUGCGGGCAUUGACCACUGACGCUCAGGGUCGUGUGGGCUGGCGAUGGAUUCGAAUCGACACUGCCUGCGUCUGCACGCUCCUCAGCCGGACUGGCCGGGCCUGAAGCCCAUGCCCAGGAGCUGGGCAAGCAGAGGAAGAAGAGAGCUAGGUGUUGAGGGA